AUGCCUAAUUGGAUGAAGCAGCCACAGUCAAGUGUCCCACUGCCAGCCAGUCAGGAUCCCGAAUGUCCCAAUAUCGUUAAGCUUGCUGCACUAGAGAGGCAAGUGUUCGACUUCCUGGGCUACCAGUGGGCUCCUAUCCUCGCCAACUUCCUGCACAUCAUCAUCGUGAUCCUGGGGCUCUUCGGCACCAUCCAGUACAGACCUCGCUACAUCGUGGUGUAUGCCAUCUGGACUGCAGUCUGGGUCACCUGGAACAUCUUUGUCAUCUGCUUUUACUUAGAAGUGGGAGGGCUCUCAAAGGACAGCGAACUCCUGACAUUCAACAUCUCCCGGCACCAGUCCUGGUGGAGUGAAAAUGGCCCUGGCUGUGUAAGGAAGGAGGCUCCAAUGUCUGGCAUCAAGGGGCUGGACAGCCAUUCCUACGUCUCUGUCAUCGGCUGUGCCCUGGAGUACCGCUACAUCGAGGUCAUGCACAGCUCCUUCCAGAUCCUCAUCGCGCUGGUGGGCUUUGUGUAUGCCUGUUACGUGGUUAGUGUUUUUACAGAAGAAGAAGACAGCUUUGAUUUCAUUGGUGGAUUUGAUCCAUUUCCUCUCUACCAUGUCAAUGAAAAACCCACCAACCUUUUGUUCAAGCAGACAUACCUAUUGAUUUCUCCAACAGGCUUUUCAGACAUGGAAAUAAUGAACAAGUGGACACCAGAAGGGGUGAAACUUCCCUUUCUCAGCUCCAAAAUAAUUUUAGAUUCUGUUGCCUCCCAAGAACUGAGCCUUCCACGUGUGGGGCAGCCCAAGAGUUCAGCUGAGAGCAGAAAAGGGAGUUGUCCACAGCAGCUUCUCUCAUGCAGAUAAUGAAGGGCCACUGUUGAAUUCCCCUUUCUGACCCCUGAGGCACAAGAUCACAAUUUCACUCUGUCCACUUAAAAGCUGGUUCUUAAUGUGAUUCUCAAACACAAAGGCCAGUUCUCUGUGUUUAAAGCAGCAGUGAGAUCUGAUUUUAUAUUCUUUAAAUUGAUCUGCAAGAGGCA